AUGUCAACUAGAAUUUCGACGACAGCUGAUGGAGAUGAGCCUUUUUUGCUCUCUACUAACGAAUCUGACGAGAGUCAAGAAGAAGAAUUAGCGCGUCUGACGGAAUUACAAAGGCGCCAAACUGAAAUGUUACGACCCGACAUUGAUAACUUUGUAGCUGAUGACGACCAUUCUGAUGCGGACGACGACUUUUCUGUAACGGCUGCACAUAACAAUAAUGAUCAGUUAAGAACAAAAAGGGUCCCUGUUCCAGAGAUGCGCUUCGCUAAACAAUUCGAGAAUUCAGUGAAUGCCUUGCAAGCAAAAGGAGCUUCCAGCUUGGCUAUCUUUUGGUCAGCUAUUCUGAUAGAUCAAAUUGUAAUGCCAUUUGUCAGUGGAUUUGGAUUCUGUAUGGCGUCGGCAGGCUGGCGAUGGUAUAGAGCAAGAGGUGUAAUUAAUGCAAGACAACCAAGGAAAGGUGGACUAUUUCGCAACAUUAAAGACUGGACAAGGUAA